UGCCCCGGUGCCCGUCAGUAACGGUGUAACGGUCGUACCGUGCAGUUCGCGAAUCUUGCGCUGGAAAGAGAAAAGAAGAGCGAGUUGAGAGAACGAGAACGGUGGCACUCACACAUUUCCCUGCUUCCGUUCUGCUGUUUCCCGCUUGGGGUGCAAAUUUUCUUCGCGUGAGUGCUUCAGCAGGGGGAGAGAUCAGGAUCAGCGGGAUACGAACCGGGAGUGCGUUCGUUCCUGUAGGAUGAUAUAAAAAGCACCGCUACCGGUCACGGAGGAUGCAGUCGUUUUCCACCGGUUAAGAAGCGCGGUCCAUCGUUCUUACAGUGGUUAUUUUUGUGUGUGAGGAAAGAUCAUCCCUCAGACCAAGGGCGCCAAGCAAGGGAGCUGUUGAGGUGUUUGCGCGAAUCAAUCGAACCGACAUAAAGGUGUGUGCGGCGACAGUCCGAAGCAGAAUCGAGGUGUGUGCGCUAGCAGUGUACGACGAGUGAGCUCGUACAUCCCGGACCUUACAGUGAGCGUGGCGAAAGAAUGUGCGAAUCUUCAAUCUAAGCAAUCCGUGGGCUGCCCGCACACAACAGCUCCAACCUCCAGUCGGCGUGUUUGGAAAGCCUCACCCACAAACGGUCUAACCGCUAGAUCAACACAACAGUGGGUGUUGGUGUGUUUUUAAGUGUUUGUGCAUGAUUUGUGUGUGAUUUGUGUGUGUGUUUGGAUACACAUUUCGUGUGGGAAAAGAGUACGGGUUCGUGGAAAAAGUGACGAGCGCGUGUUCAAAGCCGUUCAAAGCUCGUAACUCCCAAAGCAAGAUCCGGGGUAGCUUCUGCUCACGCAAAGUAGUGCACUUGCCAGCAGGUUCGCUCAUCGCUGGCGCUGUUUGUACGCUGUGUGCACCCGCGUGUUGACACUCUGCACUAUUACGCGCUGAUUGAUGACUGUCAAUAUGUCACCGCUGGGUGGUGGUAGAUGGCGCUGUUUAGCGUCAUUACUGAUUUUGACGAUACUUGCGCGUAUCGUUCGUGCCGAGCAGGAAGUUAUCGUGGCGAUUGAUGAACCCGGCAAAACCCAAUACCAUGAGGCAAACUUUAACACCAGUUCAUACCAGUACGGGUACGAGGUGGGACCGAACGGACAGUUCCAUCACGAAACACGUGGCCCCGAUGGUGUCACUUACGGUUGCUACGGAUAUAUCGACCCGAAUGGACAGCUGCGCGUGACGCACUACGUGGCCGAUACGCACGGGUACCGGGUGGUAGAGCCGAACCGGCCGGUCGAAAUUUUUGUCGAUGCUCCUACACAGUACAGCAACUCCAUUGCGGAAGAGGAACCACAGGAGCGACGAAGGGGUGAGCUACGGCCGUGGACGGAGCUGUACCUGCCGAAGGGAUGUGGCAUGUUUCCGGGUGGUAUGCGGCCAGACGGUGGCUCAGGUGGCGCUAGUCCACCGACGGCACCUUCAUACCCAAGCACCGGUGGAAGCGGCAGUACACAAGGAAAUAAACCAUCGAACCAGGGACAGGGGCAGGGCCAGGGACAAGGUCAGGGGCAAGGGCAAGGGCAAGGACAAGGGCAGGGGCAAGGGCAAGGGCAAGGGCAGGGUCAGGGCCAGGGACAGGGACAGGAACAUGGACAGGGGCAAGGACAGGGACAGGGACAGGGACAGGGACAAUGGCAAGGACAAGGCCAAAAUCAAGGACAAGGACAGAAUCAAGGACAAUCACAAGGACAAGGCCAAGGGCAAGGUCAAAAUCAAGGACAGGGACAGUGGCAAGGACAAGGUCAAGGACAAGGGCAAGGUCAAGGUCAAGGACAAGGACAAGGUCAAGGACAAGGUCAAGGACAAGGUCAAGGACAAGGUCAAGGACAAGGUCAAGGACAAGGUCAAGGACAAGGACAGGGACAGGGACAGGGACAAGGACAUGGCCAGGGACAGGGGCAGGGACAAUGGCAAGGGCAAGGACAAGGUCAAGGACAAGGGCAAGGUCAAGGUCAAGGUCAAGGACAAGGACAAGGACAAGGACAAGGACAAGGUCAAGGACAAGGACAAGGACAAGGUCAAGGACAAGGUCAAGGACAAGGACAAGGACAAGGCCAACGUCCAGGCCAAGGACAACAACAGCAACAAGGUCAAGGCCAACGACAGCAACAGCAGCAAGGUCAAGGACAACAACAGCAACAGCAAGAGCAGGGACAGGGACAGGGUCAACAACAACAGCAAGGCCAAGGGCAUGGACAUCAAGGACAGCAUCAAGGGUCACAUCAGGGCCCGAUCAGUUCCGGCCAACAUCAGGGACAACAUCAGGGUAGCCAUCAAGGUAUUCACGGUGGAGAGCAUCAAGGACAACAUCAAGGGUCACAUCAGGGGCCAAUAAGCUCGGGACAGCAUCAGGGACAACACCAGGGAAGUCAUCAAGGCUCGAGCGGUGAACACCAAGGACAGCAUCAAGGUUCCCAUCAAGGUCCUAUUAGUUCCGGACAGCAUCAAGGACAGCACCAGGGCAAUCAUCAAGGAAUUAAUAGUGGAGAGCAUCAAGGACAACACCAGGGCUCCCAUCAGGGGCCGAUCAGCUCGGGCCAGCAACAGGGACAACAUCAGGGAAGCCAUCAAGGUAUUCACGGUGGAGAGCAUCAAGGACAACACCAAGGCUCCCAUCAGGGUCCGAUCAGCUCGGGCCAGCACCAGGGACAGCAUCAGGGCAGUCAUCAGGGUGCUAGCGGUGAACAUCAGGGACAACACCAGGGCUCACACGAAGGUCCCAUCAGCUCGGGUCAGCACCAGGGACAGCAUCAGGGCAGUCAUCAAGGAAUACACAGCGGACAGCAUCAGGGGGAGCAUCAACAUCAGCACCAGGGACCAGUUGGAGAAGGGCAACAUCAGACUAGCCAUCAAGGAAGCCACCAGGGCCUGUCGCAGGGAGAGUUCCAGGGUCAACAUCAGGGGCAGCACCAGAAACCGAUCAGCGGCAACAAGGAGGAGCACAACCUGCAGGUUCAAGUGUCCUGGGGACAGGGACAGCAGGGACAGGGACAACAAGGCCAAUCUCAAGGUCAAUCCCAAGGACAGUCUCAAGGACAGUCGCAAGGCCAGUCUCAAUCCCAGGGGCAGUCUCAAGGCCAAUCCCAGGGACAACAGGGACAGUCUCAAGGCCAAUCCCAGGGACAGACACAUCGUCCACCGCAAGGAGGACCUACGACGGAACAACCUCCAGUCGAGUCUUCACCGAGUACACCGAUCCCUGGAUCGCCUGGAACCGCAAUUGGUGUGUAUCCACCGACAAAACCGAUCGAUACCAGCUCACCGCCUGGCUCGUCAUCCUCCUCCUCCUCAUCUCCGCCCCCAUCGAUGCCACCCUCGGGGCCACCGUCGUCUUCCGGUGGGGACAACUAUGCUCCACCUCCAAACUAUCAGAUAGCGGUAUCGCAAUAUCCGUACUUCUUUGUGCCCUAUCCGUACGCACCGCCGAACGUGCCGCAGGCACCAUGCAACUGCCCAGCCGAUCAGCAAAACCAGCAGGGUGGCCAACAGCCAAACCAGCCGGCCGGCUACCUCGGCUUCAUUCCCGUCCUGUACAUCCCGAACUGUCACGCCCAGAAGAGUGGACUGCCGGCCAACUUCAACUGGCCGGCACCGCCACCACCGGAAGGGUUCGGCCAGUCACUGGACGAGCUGCCGGCCCAGCGACUCUUUCAGAAACCGGACGGUAGCUGGGUGCUGCAGCGGGCCCGCAACCGCUCUCGCCGGCUGCGUGUCCGACGUCCCGCUGCCCGGCGAAUCAUUACCGACCAGGAAUAUCCAGCGAAGAAGUAGAGUAGAUUGAGGAAAAGACGCAGCAGUUUGCAUGGAAGAGAAAAAAAUACUCAUUUUAUAUUAAGUUUCAUCUGCCCUUUAGUAUACUACACUCAUUCAUUCGUUCCCCAACACAAGCAACCCGGUCCCGCAUUUGGGUUCGAGAAAAAAAGCGAUAUUUAUGGAAGCAAAAGACAGUGUGUUUUCGAUGUUUAAGGAUGCAUUCAUUUUCCUCUUGCCACUGUGAUUAGAUUUAUUCAUCAAACGAACGCGCAAAGUAUACUGCGAAAGCAUCGCUAUUGCGAAAUGGAGAGCUUCCCGUGUGUAUUCGAGUAGGAUGUGGGAAGGAAGUAGCUGCCUGCCUUCCGUGUUCCAUAGGAAAAGGGUUGCCGUGGAGGACGAAAACGGCAAAAGACAGCAAAUGCAAGAGUGUAUGUGUGUCGUGUGUUUAACGCACAGUAAAAGCACAUCGCUCUCGUCUACGCUAGUUAAUCGUAACUUAUUUAAGAUAGCACGAGAAAAAAAGUUUGAGCACAAAUUGAAUAAAAGUGUUUUGAUGCAUAAAUGUA